AUCCAGGUGAUUUCAGGACAGUUUCUCACUGAGAAGCGCGUGGGUGUGUAUGUGGAGGCGGACAUGUUCGGACUUCCUGUAGACACCAGGAGGAAAGCCCUGAAAACUAAAACCUCUCAGAACAACAACGCCGUCAACCCGGUGUGGGACGAGGAGCCCAUCGUCUUCAAAAAGGUGAUUCUUCCCACUCUGGCCUCGCUGAGGAUCGCUGCUUUUGAGGAAGGAGGAAAGUUUAUCGGUCAUCGGAUCAUUCCAGUGUCUGCCAUCAGACCAGGUUAUCGUUACAUCAGCUUGAGGAACGAGAAGAAUCAGUCUCUGGUUCUGCCGGCUGUGUUUGUCUACAUUGAAGUCAAAGACUACGUCCCAGACACCUUUGCAGAUGUGAUCGAGGCUCUGUCCAACCCGAUCCGGUACGUGAACCUUCUGGAGCAGCGGUCCAAACAGCUGGCCGCGCUGACGCUGGAGGACGGAGAGGAGGACGCACACACCGAGGUGAGGCUCUGCUGGUUAUAGUUAUAGGACGCAUCUUU